AUGUCGUUACAAUUACUGUCAUCCCAGGAUGGAUCCGUUUUAUCCCUGGUUGAAAAUUUGAAGGUUUCGAUAGCAGCCUCGGUUUUCCAGCCCAAACUUGAGUUAGUGGCGGACAGUGAAGGCAAAAAAGAGUUGAGGCUCCAGGAUACCAAAUCCGGAUUCGAGUUGAUCGAACCAAACUCUAUUGUGAAAUACUUGGCUUCCUUGAAGACCAAAGACACAAAGGUGUUUGAGGACAAUGAGUUGAUCUCUCAAGAUCAGACGAUUCUUUUCCCUGCGCUCAAGGCUAAUAAGUUGGACUCUGAGAUUUUGUCCAAGAUCGGAUCCGUUACGUCUGCUGACUCGGAAUCUGUGUCUCAGAUUAUCCUGUUUGCUUCGCUUUAUCCAAUUUUGAGCAAGCAUUCCGACUCCAAGCUUUCUGGAUGGUUCAAGCAAUUUUCUGAAAUCCCAGCAGUUGCCACGGGUAUCUCCAAUGCUUUGAAGAUCACAAAGAUCCAGCGUGUCCCAGAGAAGAACACCAACAAGGUGAAGGUGUUGGAGGGCCACUCUGUGAAGAAAUCUGAGGGAAAGUUGAAGCCAAAACCUAAUGAAAGAAACAUUCUGAUCACUUCCGCUUUACCAUACGUUAAUAACGUUCCUCAUCUUGGAAAUAUUGUUGGCUCUGUUCUGUCUGCAGAUCUUUACUCCAGAUACUGCAAGCGUAGAAACUACAAUGCAUUAUUUGUCUGUGGUACAGACGAAUAUGGUACUGCAACAGAGACCAAAGCUUUGGAAGACGGCGUCACUCCACAGGAAUUGUGCGACAAGUACCAUGCAAUUCACUCGGAUGUCUACAAGUGGUUCCAAAUCGGCUUCGAUCACUUUGGUAGAACGACAACACCAAAGCAGACAGAGAUUGCACAAGAUAUCUUUUUGAAGUUGAACGCGAACGGCUACUUGGAAGAACAGGUUAUGAAGCAAUUGUUUUGCCCAGUCCACAAGGGAUUCCUGGCUGAUAGAUACGUUGAAGGAGAAUGUCCAAGAUGCCAUUACGAAGAUGCCAGAGGAGACCAGUGUGACAAGUGCGGUAACCUGUUGGAUCCAUUUGAGUUGAUCAAUCCUCGGUGUAAAUUGGACGGUCACACGCCUGAGCCAAGAGAAUCUAACCAAAUUUUCCUCUCCCUGGACAAGCUUGAGCCAGAUUUGAGAAAAUGGUUUGAAGAAGCUGCGGAAAAAGGAAAAUGGUCCAAGAACUCCAAGACCAUCACGAAUUCCUGGUUGAAGGAGGGAUUACAGCCUAGAUGUAUCACAAGAGACUUGGUCUGGGGUACUCCAGUGCCAUUGGAGGGCUACGAGAAGAAAGUUUUGUACGUGUGGUUCGAUGCUCCAAUUGGUUACAUUUCUAUAACUGCGUGCUAUACCGACGACUGGAAGGAAUGGUGGAAGAACCCAGAACAUGUUCAGCUUUACCAGUUCAUGGGUAAGGACAAUGUUCCUUUCCAUUCUGUUGUUUUCCCAUCUUCUGAGCUUGGAACCAAGGAGGACUGGACUUUACUGCACCACUUGAACACAACGGAGUAUCUCCAAUACGAGGGAGGGAAGUUCUCCAAGUCCAGAGGAAUUGGUGUCUUUGGUAACAAUGCCGAGGCAACUGGUGUGUCGCCUUCUGUCUGGAGAUAUUACUUGGCCUCUGUUAGACCAGAGAGUCAGGAUUCCCAGUUCUCGUGGUACGAGUUUGUGACGAAAAACAACAGCGAGCUAUUGGCCAACCUUGGUAACUUUGUUAACAGACUGGUCAAGUUUGUCAUUGCCAAAUACAACGGUGUGGUUCCAGAAUUCAAGACUACCGACUGUGAAGUGUACCCAACUCUCAAGAAAGAUCUUGAUUCUUUGAUCAAGACCUAUGUUGAUGAUAUGGAGGCUGUUCGUUUAAGAAAGGGACUGGAGACUGCCAUGAUGAUUUCUGCUAGAGGAAAUUUGUUCUUGCAGGAGAACAAGCUCGACAACUCUCUGUACAACGACUCUCCAGAGAAAAGUGAUGCUGUUGUUGCUAUUGGUCUGAAUAUUGUGUACUUGGUGUCUGCUGUGAUUGCACCAUACAUGCCAGAGACAAGCAAGCAGAUCGAGGAGAUCCUGAGAGUUCCAGAGCUCAAGAUCCCAGAUGAGUUUGACUUGUGGGUGGAGCCAGGUCACUGUAUUGGAAAGGCCCAGUACUUGUUCAAGAGAAUUGACGAGAAAAAGAUUGACGAGUGGAAAGCUCUUUACGGUGGCCAACAACAGAAAUAA